AAGACAGGAAGGAAACAGCAGCCAUGGAGAGAAAGAGGAAGAGAUCUUGACAGCAGUAGAAAGUGCAAGACAGGGCAGAAAGUGCAAGAUUGGGGGGGGGCGGUGGAGAGAGAGAAGAGAAAGACUGAGAUUUAGGACGUGAUUCAAUUAGAGGAGAAGACUUGGAUAGAAGAAGGAUUGAGAGAGAGAGACAGGAAGAGCCAAGAGAUUGGAGGCAACGGAGAGAAGAAAACCAGAAGAGACAAGGAGAGGCAGAAACACAGAGAGAACAAGACAGGAGGCAGACAAAAUGAGUGUGGGAAUGAUCUAGUGAGAAGAUACAGGGAGAGAGAGGCAGCCACCUAAAGUGACAAAAGGACAGACAUCCGCCCCUCCUCAGUCCCUGGGACCCCAGGACUAGCCUCUGACCCUGUCCCUGACCCCAGCUGGGUUAACUGCCCAGACACAGCCCCUUUCUCUCCAUCUCCGCGCCAUUGAUGGAGGAGGGUCGACCUCGCAGCAGCCUCAGCCUGGCCAGCAGCGCCUCCACCAUCUCUUCGCUCAGCAGCCUGAGCACAAAGAAGCCUACCCGAGCAGUAAACAAAGUCCAUGCCUUUGGGAAGAGGAGCCAUGCCCUCCGAAGGGACCCCAACUUGCCUGUGCACAUUCGGGGCUGGCUUCAUAAGCAGGACAGCUCUGGACUCCGGCUCUGGAAACGCCGCUGGUUUGUUCUCUCUGGCCAUUGCCUCUUCUAUUACAAGGACAGUCGAGAGGAGAGUGUUCUGGGCAGUGUCCUGCUCCCCAGCUACAGUAUCAGGCCAGAUGGGCCGGGGGCCCCUCGAGGGCGACGCUUCACCUUUACGGCAGAACACCCUGGCAUGAGGACCUAUGUUCUAGCAGCUGAUACAUUAGAGGACCUGAGGGGCUGGCUUCGGGCACUGGGCCGGGCCUCAAGGGCAGAGGGAGAGGACUGUGGGCGAUCGAGGUCCCCAGCACGUCCCCAGCCUGGUGAGGGCCAGGGCGGCCCUGGGGGUCCUCCAGAAGUGAGCAGAGGAGAGGAGGGGCGCAUCUCAGAAUCACCAGAGGUGGCUCGGUUCUCCAAAGGUCGCGGCAGACCCAGGCUGCUCUCUCCCAGCCCUACAUUAGGCCUGCAGUCUAGCCCUGGAAUGAGGAGGACAAGAAGCCCAGACCUGUUCACACCGCUUUCUCGCCCUCCCUCCCCUCUGAGCCUUCCCCGUCCCCGGUCUGCUCCUGCCCGGCGACCCCCUCCCUCAUCAGGAGAUGCAACUCUCCCGGCCCGACCCCACACCCCUUUAAGUCGCAUUGAUGUCCGGCCUCCUCUGGAUUGGGGUCCCCAGCGACAGACCCUUUCCCGGCCCCCCACUCCUCGCCGAGGACCCUCCCCCGAAGCUGGCGGAGUUCGACCUUCCAAGAGCCCCCAGCACUGGAGUCAGGAGCCCGUGACACAGUAUUCCUCCCAGGCCUCCUCUGGUUCUUCCACUUAUCUCCAGCUACCCCCAAGACCUCCUGGGACACGGGCCUCCAUGGUCUUAUUGCCAGGUCCCCCACUGGACUCAACCUUCCAUCAAAGAUCGGAGACAGAUACUCUGUUGACUAAGUUGUGUGGGCAGGAUCGGCUCCUAAGAAGUCUUCAGGAGGACAUAGAUCAGCGGCAGGAGGAGAAGGAGCAGCUGGAGGCCGCCUUGGAGCUGACCAGGCAGCAGCUGGGGCAGGCAACCCGGGAGGCAGCGGCUCCUGGAAGGGCCUGGGGCCGCCAGCGCCUCCUGCAGGACAGGCUGGUCAGUGUGAGGGCUGCCCUCUGCCACCUGGCCCAGGAGCGAGAGCGGGUUUGGGACACUUACAGCGGCCUGGAACAGGAACUGGGCACCUUGAGAGAAACCCUGGAGUACCUGCUGCACCUUGGGUCCCCCCAGGAUAGAGCCUCUGCUCAGCAGCAGCUGUGGAUGGUGGAGGACACACUGGCUGGUCUGGGGGGCCCCCAGAAGCAGCCCCCACCCACUGAGCCUGAGCCCGCAUCCCCUGGGCUUCCAGGGGAAGAGUCCUCAGAGAGAGAGAGCUUGCCUGAGUCUGUGGAAGUGAGCUCGCCUCGGUCCCCGGAGGCCGACUGGGGGCACCCACCUGGAUGUGACAGUGCCCUCGCAAGUCUGCACACAACAGGUCGUGAGUCUCCAAGAUUCUCCCAGGCAUCCAGCCCCGAGUGUCGCCGCCCCAUGUCCCCACAGCCAGGAACCAAGGCCCCUGUGGCCCGGCCCCGCAUGAGUGCCAGGGAGCAACUAGAGCGCAUGCGCAGAAAUCAGGAGCAUGGCCGGCCUCUGCCACGCUCUGCCUCUCCCAGCCUCCUCACCCUGGGGAGGACCCUGUCCCCAGCGAGACACAAGCCUGACACGGAACAAAGGCCUAUCAUAGGAGCUGCAAAAUGGCUCAGAAGCUCAGGCUCCUGGAGUAGUCCCAGGAUCACCACUCCACACUUACCCACCUCCGAUGGCCACCGGGAGCGGGUCCUCAGCCUUUCCCAAGCCCUGGCCACGGAAGCAUCGCAGUGGCACAAAGUCAUGACAGCCACUCCAAGUGGAAAUGUGGAGGCCAGGGGAGAACCUCUCCCUCCAGCAUCUCCGCCCCCGACCGACACCACGCCCCGGGUGGCCUCGCCCAGACCGUCUCCUCCAGUGGCCAACUCAGAGUCCAAGGGAUUCUCACGCCCCGGCGGUGGGAGGGGCAGAGGCCCGGCCCCCUGGGAGCCCACGUGGGACCCUGGGAACGCCCCGCCCCUGACUGACGAGGGGGCGUGGCCUCUCAGAGUCACUCUGCUACAGUCCAGUUUUUGACUGGCCCAAACGCAGCAGCCAAUCCGGUUGUGGGGGCGUGGCCAUGGCGAUGCCACUCGGAACUGGAGGACCACUCUGCGCGCUACGGGGGCGUGGCGCGGCCCUCACCUGUGGUCUGGGAGGGCGGGGUAUCUAUGGUGAAAGACUAUUUUUUUCCCCCCAACGCUGUCUAAAUUUGGAUUAAAACUUUGAACUUUUACUCAGUAACUUCCUGUUUGUUUGGGGAUGCGUUAUUGGGUCCUGACGCUGGAGGCCCGGAUGUCAGUGUGCUGAAGGAUUUAAUGCACAGGUCUGAGGAGAGAGGGAGGAAGGGUCCUGAAAUGGGAUCUGAGAGAGGGGAUCUGUUGGAUAGCCUCAAUCCUUAUCUGAGGGAGGA